AUGACCACUGUUUUGAAAACGGGUAUCAGCAUAUUUCGACCAUCUGCAGUGUCCCCAUACCGCCCCAUCCUACAGACUGUGCUAGGUGUGGGGUCUACGGAUGAUCUGAAGUGUGUCACAGACUUGGUUGUACCCACAGUAGACCAUGUGAUUGACCAUACCAAGGAGGAUUCGCCAGUCUGUUCCAUUAAACCAGGUUUUGUCACUUUCCAUUGCCGACAGUUCAGCACCACCUGUCAAGUGAGGCCAACUUUCUCCAGCAGUAUACAGGUGAGAAAUGCCUCCACGGUAUCAGGAUCAACUUACGACUACGUCAUCAUUGGUGCUGGCUCGGCUGGCUGUACUCUUACCAAUCGGCUGUCAGCUGACCCUAACAACAAAGUGUGUGUUCUGGAGGCUGGUCCAAAAGACAACACCUGGAAGAUCCACAUGCCUGCUGCCCUUAAAUACAACCUGUAUGAUGACAAGUACAACUGGUACUAUCAUACUGAACCAGAACCACACCUAAACAACCGCGUCAUAUACUGGCCAAGAGGGCGUGUCUGGGGAGGAUCGUCCUCACUCAAUGCCAUGGUGUACGUGCGUGGUAAUGCUGGUGAUUAUGACGGAUGGGAAAAGGCUGGAGCAAAAGGGUGGUCGUAUGCAGAUUGCUUGCCAUACUUUAAAAAAUCCCAAACCCAUGAACUUGGAGAAAAUGAUUACAGAGGGGGUGACGGUCCACUCCAUGUGUCACGUGGGAGGAGCAACAACCCUCUGCAUCAAACCUUUGUAGAGGCAGGUCAACAAGCCGGCUUCCCAUUUACGGACGACAUGAACGGCUACCAACAGGAGGGCGUGGGGUGGAUGGACAUGACCAUUCACAAAGGCCGACGCUGGAGUGCUGCCAUGGCCAGCCUCAGGCCCGCACUAAAACGUGACAAUGUGACAGUGGAAUCUAACGCACUGUCAACCAGGAUUGUAUUUGAGAACAAGAGAGCUGUCGGUGUAGAGUUUGAACAGAAGGGUGUUAAAAAGAUUGUACGAGCAGAGAAGGAUGUGAUUCUGAGUGGAGGAUCAAUCAACUCUCCUCAGCUCCUCAUGUUGUCGGGUGUGGGCAAUGCAGAUGAACUUAAGGCGCUGAACAUCCCUGUGGUUCAACACUUGCCAGGUGUUGGGGAGAACCUCCAGGACCAUUUCAAUGUUAUUGUACAGGAAGCAUGUAAGCUACCUAUCACUCUCUAUUCUUCUCAGUGGAAGUUCCCUCAUAAUAUGAUCCGCAUAGGGCUGCAGUGGUUCCUCACUCAGAAAGGUGAUGGUGCAACCUCCCACUUUGAGAGUGGUGGAUUUGUCCGAAGUGAAGAAGGCCUUCAGUACCCCGACAUCCAGUUCCAUUUUACACCUGGUUCCACGAAUAACUACGGUGACGAACAUGCAUACCAGCUCCAAGCAGGACCUAUGCAUGCUACAAGCAGGGGUUGUAUAAAACUUAAAUCCAGCAAUCCCAGAGAUCAUCCAAAGAUCCUAGCUAACUACCUGUCUACAGAAAGAGAUGUGAAGAUAUUGAGAAACAGUCUUAAAAUCACCAGGGAAGUGCUUAAACAGAAAGCGUUCGAUCCUUUCCGUGCUGGUCGGGAACUAUCGCCUGGACCUGAAUGCCAAUCAGAUGCUGAAAUUGAUGCCUUCAAUCGUGCUCAUGGAACCACCGACUAUCACCCAUCAUGUACAUGUAAAAUGGGAUCGGAGAGUGACCCGUUGGCUGUGGUGGAUUCUCAAACUCGUGUUCUAGGUGUCGAUAACCUCAGAGUUGUUGAUGCCUCUAUCAUGCCAAAUGUCAUUACUGGGAAUCUUAAUGGCCCUACGAUCAUGCUGGCUGAGAAGGCUGCUGAUAUCAUCCUAGGCAACAAACCACUGCCUCGGUCUUCCGCUCCUGUGUACAAAAACAAGGUAUAAGUUGUGGAAAGACAUCUUUAUAGUUCAAAUCAGCUACUACUAGCUAGUAUUGAAGGGUAAAGGAUAUGAAUGGAAAAGUUUGCGAUUCAUGUACAUCUUUUAUUUGGAUGGCACAGUGGUAAAAAUUUUGCCUUUUACCUAAGCGGAAGGGGUUCGACUACCUUAUCGGAUGAAAAAGGUAUUGGGGUAAUCUGGGCCGACAAGAGAAAUCAAUUUAAGCUGAUAUAACCUGUUUUGCUAUUUUUGAAAUAUAAAUAAUUUUUUUACAUUUAGCUUGCUAAGCAAUAUUUCAUUUUCAUAAUUCUCGUUUUACUUUCUAUCGGUACCUUGGCAUCAAGCUUAAACAUGGCAAGCAUCAUUUCUUGUUCACGAGACGAAAAUCGUAUUCAAUGCUUUCUUUCCUGGUGCUUCUUCGAUUAUCAAUUUUAGCCAUUUCAUCUCCGGUCUCUGGGUUGGCUUGUGAAUCGUGCGUGCAAAUAUGAUUCAUUUAAUUCUGAAUUUGUUAGGGAUCCUACAUUGAAUGUUUCUUCAUGUCCAAACCUGUUGUGAAAGUGUAAUUCAACUACUGCCACCAAUUUUAGCGCAGAAACCGUAGAAAAGCUUAACAGUUCCAGAAUCUUUCUCUGAUUUAAGAGGUAACGUGACCCGCCACACUACCCAGCAUGAACGAAAAUAGUAUGGGUCAUAGAGUAACGCACAAUUUGACAGUUUUGCGAACUUCUGUAACGUGCAUAGUCAUCAUUGCAUUUUUCUAGCACAUUUCAGGUUUGAUAUAAGGUACAUACGCUAAUAGCCCAGUAAUCCAGUAUAUUCGGGCUUCCCUUACGUCCUUCU